UUUCUCUUCGCACCCACCCAUUUUCUCGCGCACCCCCCAAACUUCCAAAAUUGCCCCUGCAAUGUUGACUUCGGGGAAUACGACUCGAAUUUUUUUUGGUUCGGAAAACGUUUUCCGCUCGCUCUUUUUUCGGAAAACGUUUUCCGCUCGAUCGUUUUUCGGAAAACGUUUUCCGAACAACUGGGUUUUAUACCAGAACGUUAAGACCUCUUGUCAGUUUCUAUUUUCUUCCAUUUUCUGCGAAAGGUUAGGGUUGCAAAGGGAGAAAAGGAACGCAUAGAUUGCAUCUACAUCAACAAAUAUCAUCAACCUCUGAUCAAUUAAUAUGGAACACAAUAUUGGAAGAAGCAGGCUUGGUAGACCGAGUCAGGCACAUUCUUCUGCUCGACGAGAGGCUGCUGCCGGCAAUCCUCCUGCUAAAAGAGGUCGUCGUAGACAAGGACAACCUCCGUCUCAAGGAACACAUGAUAAUGAAGCGGGGGGGUCAGGUGCGACACGAUCACGUUCAAGGCGACAACAAGUUGAUGAUGUUGACGUAGAUGCAGCUGAGGAUGGGAAUGUAAAUGUUGGUCAAUAUUUGGCCGAUGAUGCAGACUGGCUCGAUGAAGAUGAAGAUGAAGAACCACGGGAACAACAAAUGCAACAACAACCACCACAUGAAGCACCACAUCAACCACCACAUGCACCCAAUUUGCAACCAGAGGAUGGCUAUCCGGGAGGACCUAGUAAUUUUUCCUUAUUAACGGAAUACCACAAGCAUAGGGCAAUUCCGAUAUGGAAUGCAGAGCCUGGUGAUGAAAAGAUUUUGAAGAAAAGUAUGCGGGCCAUUACCAACGGGAAGAGGGUUAUCAACCUUCCAAAAAUGGAUCGGAAUGUGGACUGGUUUUGGAGAGCCAUAGAAGCAACCGGCUUAGAGCCGCUAACGAGGACCAAUUACAGCAUAAUAGACCACGGGGUUCUCACUGCAUUUGCCGAAAGAUGGCAUUCGGAGACUAGCACCUUUCACAUACCAAUAGGUGAGGUUGGCAUCACAUUGGAUGACGUCCAAUGUCUGUUACAUCUACCGAUCGAGGGAAAGCUGUUGAACCACAGAAAGAUAUCAAGAGCUGAAGGAGUUGAACUUGUGAAUACAUAUCUUGGAGUGCCUGAAUCCAAAUGUUGGGAAUUUUUUAUUGAUACACACGGUCCGCAUAUAACUUAUGGAGAUCUAGCAUUUGUGUACACUACAAGAUGGGAGGAAAUUGACAAAGCUGUGAGUGAAAACCGACCGAUGCAUGAAAUUACGGUGUUGAGGCAGCAGUGUAUUAGGGCUUUUUUGCUGUUUUUGGUGUGCACUACCAUUUUCAGCAACAAAAGCCAAUUCUACGUCGACGUAGUUUAUUUGAGCUACUUUCAGGAUUUGUCGGAUGUGAAUCAGUGGAAUUGGGGUGUGGCUGCUUUAACAUAUCUGCAGCACUAUUUGGAUGAUUCGUGCAAGGCCGGUGGUAUGCAAGUAGCCGGAUACUUGUCCUUUUAUCAGGGAUGGAUAAUGAUGCACUUUCCAAAAAUGACUGUGUGGCGUAGAGAUCCGAACUACAGAGAGGAGAUGCCACGUAAUGCCACCUUCAGCACUGGACAAGGACAUAGGGAUCCUGUCCUGUAUAGGCAAUUUUUGGAUAACAUGCAGGUUUCUGAUUUUGAAUUUUGUCCAUACGAUGGUCACCGUCAUGUGAGACCCUUGAUUGAUGUUUGCUGGUUUUCUGGUUGGUUGAGGUGCGGGUCAUUGAAGGCAAAACAUUUACCUGAACGUGUGCUGCGACAAUUUGGUCAUGUUCAAGGCAUUCCAAGAGACCCUGCUGCGGGUGCUCCAGCUGGGAUGAGUUUGUUGCAGAUUGAUCGAGUGUUUAUGGAAGAAGUUGAGAUGAGAAUGAUUGACGAAGAAAUGAGAGGACCGACUGUUGUGAGAGCAUGGGAUCAUGUACCUGGCUAUAUAUCAUGGUUCUACAAAGUCUCCCAUCCGAUUAUGCGUCCGAUCGCUGCCCCGGAAGCACCACCUAGACCAGCAAACUUAGAGGUACUGAUAGAGGAACAAGAAUCGCAGUCAGUUCCCGAUACUUUCGAUAUAUGCCGCAAUGUCAGAACUGAGCUACGACGCGCACUUGAAGCAAAUGAGGCAUUGCCAGGAACUCCGAUUUAUGAAACUGUGAACAGGGUGCUUGGGUUUGUCGAACCAGCAUUUUUGUACCGAUCAAGGCGCAGACUACCGGGUAGAGGAAGAUUUGACCCACAUGAUGCUGCAAGACGCUUUAAUACUCAGUGAUAACUAGUUUGUGUGUAUUUGAAUUUUAAUUUGUUUACUUUUAAAUUUUGUAAUGUGUUAAGUCACUUUGAUUGGAUUGUAAUAUGUUUGGGACAUCUAACUUUGAUAUAUAUAAUUUCGUUUGCAU